CUUGCUUUAUAAAAGACAGGUCGGGCACAUGGUCCAGUAUUUGACACGAUGAUCCGUCUAGCAGCGUUCCUGGCAGCCGUCGUGACGGCGGGGGCUAUUGUUUGUACCCCUGACAUGUGUGAUGGGGUAGAGAAGACGCCCCUCACUUGCCCGGGGUCCGUCAUCGAGGGAGGGGGCUUCUGUGGCUGUACAGACACCUGUGCCAAGGUAGAAGGAGACUUAUGCCAGAAGUCCUCCCUGUUGACGGGGCCGCUCCCCCACGACCAGUGUGACACGGGUCUCGUGUGCGACUCCGUCGGCAGUGCCUUCCUGGAUUUUUUCGGUAAAGGCAAAUGCGUGAAAGACACACAAAGCAAGCGUUUUCUCUUAGACGAUAUUACCGCGUGUGAGAAGAUGAAGAUCGCGAAGGCGUCCCAGCCGACAUACUCGGACAACUGGACGCCAAAGUGUGACGCCGACGGGGCCUUCGAGCCAAUGCAGUGCGACCUAGCAGGUCGUUGCUUCUGCGUCGAUUCUGCGGGUCAGAUUCAAGGUAGCAGAGUUCAAGGAAAGGUUACCUGUCCAAGCACUUGAACCCGUCAGUUGUAUCCACGCCAAAAAUAAAUCACACCUUGUGUUUGUGAUUACCUGUAA